AAUACCGAUAACCUCGUCACAUCAGAGAUACUUUCGUAUCACCAAAGUUGGAAUUUCUUACCAUUUUCUGCGCACUUGGUGCCCUUUCAGUGUUUGCGAAGAAACCAGGUGGAUGCUGCCAUGCCAUUUGGGUGCCUUGCCCUGCGGGACGGGCGGACGUACCACAGCCCCUCGGAGAUCAGUGACAAAUACGAGAUUGGGCAGGUCCUCAAAGCGAAGGAGUUCUGCGAGUUGUGUUUGGCGAAGGACCGACAGACAGACAAGGUCUACGUGUGCAAGAAGUUCUUCAAGAAGGAUGGCAGGAAAGUGCGAAAGGCCGCCAAGAACGAGAUCAUGAUCCUGAAAAUGGUCACUCAUCCCAACAUCCUGCAGCUGAUCGAUGCCUAUGAGACCAAGAGAGAGUACUACAUCAUCCAGGAGCUAGCCACAGGUGGGGAUGUAUUCGACUGGAUCCUGGACCAAGGAAACUACACAGAACGUGACGCCUCCAAUGUCAUCCGUCAGGUUCUGGAGGCAGUGGCCUACCUUCACUCCCUCAACAUUGUCCACAGGAACCUCAAACUUGAGAACCUGAUGUACUACACAGAAAACAACCACAGUAAAGUAGUCCUGCGGGAUUUCUAUCUGUCCAAGUUUGAGAACGGCUCCAUCACAGAACCAUGUGGAACUCCUGAGUACCUUGCUCCUGAGGUGGUGGCGCGUCAUAGGUAUGGUAGGCCAGUGGACUGCUGGGCCGUGGGUGUCAUCAUGUACAUACUGUUAUCAGGAAACCCCCCUUUCUUUGAUGAAACUGAAGAGGAAAAGACAGACCUGCAUAACCGCAUCAUCUUCUGCAGGAUAGUGGCGGGAGACUUUGAGUUCGACUCACCUUACUGGGAUGACAUCUCUCCUGCAGCUAAAGAGUUGGUGUGCAGACUAAUGGAGGUUGACCAGAUGUUGAGGAUAACAGCGCAAGAUGCCUUAUGGCAUGAGUGGAUUGCUGGGAACGGAGCUUCAGAGAAAAAUCUUAAAGAUGGAGUUUGUGCCCAGUUCGAGAAGAACUUUGCCAAAGCCAAGUGGCGGAAAGCGAUCCGCGUGACCACGUUCAUGCAGCGGCUGCGUAACUCUGAAAUGUUGACUGCCAACGCAACAACAGACGACCAGACCACUGCCGUGUUAGACAACAGCCCGGAGAGUGAGGGUCCCCAGACGGACUUGGGGAGUGUCCCCACUGUGAGUGUCACCGUGGAGAACACGCCUGUGGAUGAUCCUGAGGAGGAGGAGGAGGAGGAGGAGGAGGAGGAGGACAAAACCGAACAUCCCAUCGCCCAGCAAACCCCUUCCACAAAGACGCCAAGUGAGGAGCCAGACAAAGUGACCAAGAAAGGAGCUGGUGAGGGCACUCGUAAGAUAGCCGCAAGUUUAGGGCAAGACAAAGUACCCGGAGACGUGAACAAGGCGCCUGCCACACCUGAACCGACUAAGGCCCCAGAAUCCGCUGGGGUAAAAGUUUCACUCCAGCAAGACGUUCCAUUGUCGAGUAGCAAAGAGAAGAAACCCGCGGCCUCCCCUGACACCCUGAACCGUCGGAAAAUGGCAGCCAACCUCUCCAUGGACCCUGGCCCCGAGCCAGUUGCCAAGACAAAAGCCGUGGCCACCGACAAAGACCAGACAACGCGACAGGAGGAAAAGGCGGAUACAGGGAAGAAGCAAGAGAUGUCCCCGAGCAGCUGGUGCCAAACUCAGGUUCCAGAGGCAGUGGCAGAGAGUUCCGCAGUGGUAGGGCCCCUGGCAGAAGUAGGGCCCAGGACCAGAGAUCAGGCGGUAGGGAGAGCUGACGAGCCCAUGGUACAGGGAGCGCAGGUUCAGACCACCUACAAAAUUGUAGGUACGUCCAGUUUGGGACGGCACAAGCCAAUGUAUAGUCAGGAGCUGGGGACAGGGGCUCCGGGAUAUGCCAGUCCAUAUUGCUCCCCUUACUCUGUCGGUAGAGGGGGCUUGUACAGCACUUUGGAUCACCGUGGCACAGCGAGUGCUGAUUGGCAGAUGGACAGUGUGAUUGAGCAGAUAGAAAAACAAAUGGCCGCCGUUUUGGAGAAGAUUGAAGGAGACAUGCCCUCGCUACUCGAGCAAAUCAGCGACUGCCCCGAGACCCUCCCCAGGGCAAAGAGUGCCCAGUCCUCCCCCUCAGUGCGCCCCCGCUCGUACCACCACUCGACCCCGCCACCCCUUCCCACCACCCCACGCCCGCCUCUCCCGAACCUACCGCACCUGACCAUUCCACCGCCCUCAUACCCUCCUCCUGCCCCGCCCAGUAAUGUCCAGGCACACACCCAGACAGUCACAGAGCAGGAAGACAGAGAUGGACUGAGGGGGAUUGCGAGGUCUGGCCAAUCACCACAUGGGGGGUUCUCUGGAAGGGGGUUAUGAGGCAGUUUAUUUCAGUGUUGUUAAAAUACACUUUUCAUGACCCAUUUAUUGUGAUAACUGAAGGUUAUGGUAACUCACUGCUAUUGAUUCACGCACAUAGCAUUUGGUUUGAGUUUCUUUUUCGGUGGGUUCUAGCUGCACAUUUAAACUGUAACAUGUAGCCUACUUAGGUCCAAAGAAUCAUCAAUGUUUGCAGAUGAGAUCAGUUUUUUAGGACACAUUUAGAGUUUUUCAGACUGAAAGCUCAAACAUAUAUAGGCUACACUGCACAUCAACCCUGACUAGGACACGUCAGUCUCAGGGAUAAAGAUCAAGUUUGUUGUCGGUGUGAUGGAUAUUUUCAAAGCAUUAUAUUGCUACCUACAUCAAGGAGGUUAUACUUUGGUAAGUUUGUCUGUUAGUUUGAUGUUUAUCUGUCAGCAGGAUUACACAAAAACUAUUGAUUUUGAACAUGUGGAAGGGGCGGAGCAUGGGAGAAGCUAUUACAUUUUGGCCUGGAUCUGCAUCAAAGCCCAGAUCCAGGUUGUUUUUUCACUCGUUUUCACAUUGCAAGAUGGGACAUUUUGGCCUUGUUGGAUGUCUGCACUCUCCGAUAAUCCUUAUGGUUAUUUCCAUGUUGUUGUUAUUCUUCCACCACAAUUUUGUCAGAUUUUUGAACAAAAAAAUGAUGACACUGCUGAGAAUUUCUUUGGUCUUGGAUUGUUUGGAUUGUGUUUAAACUAUAUAGAAGAGAUACCCAUAUUCAAUACAAUGCACCAUGUAUUUGUGUACGCCAACACCAUACAGUGCUGUAUAUUUGAUAUGUGUAUGUAUGCCAACACCAGACAGUAUUGCCUAAGAAAUUUGAAAACAUGAAAAUAGCUCAAUAAAGUCUUUGUAUACAAUGAGACUAAUAUGAGUAAAUAAUUGUACUUGUAAAUAUUUUGUGAAUACUCGACCCAUGUUUCAUAUGACUAUUGAUAUCAUUUAUCUUGUAUAUCUUAUAACUGUGUUGCAUGUCCCCACUGAAAUGUGCAAGUAUUAAAGCUGCCAUUCCCAUCUGGUAAAAUAUAUUCAUUCCUGUGUAUUACCUUUCUGUACAGAGGCUACUCUUUGAUAUGUUGUCUACCAUUUUGUUCCACUCACCUGCAAAUUCUGCUACCAUUUAAAAUGUUAUUUAUUUCUUAAUUCUAAACUAAUUUAAUACACUGAAAAUAUGUAUUGCAUUUUGUUCAUUGUCACCCAUUGGUGUAAACUUUACCGACUUUACUGUAAGGUCAGUUUGUGCCAGUUUUAUCACUUGUUUUGAGCUUGUUUCCUUCAUCAUGUCAGUGAUAUGACCUUGAAAUAUUUAAGCUUUCUGCACUGUCUGCGAGACAUUAAAUAAAAUGUUAAUUCCCAUCUGGUA